AUGUUUCGUCCGGAUUACUGGGGUGACGACCCAAUGGAGGGCGUUUACGGUUCGUCCAUGCUUCGCUCUGGAGGAGCCGCGCGCCGUUUUGACGAAUACUAUCGAUGCUACCCCGUCGUGAUGAUGCCCGGCCCCGAACGAGAGAAUGUCAACCACGGCGGCAAGGUCAUCAUGCCGCCCAGCGCCCUGGAUAAAUUGACUCGGCUGCAUAUUACAUAUCCUAUGCUUUUCGAACUACACAACGGGGCUCGGGAGCGAAUGACCCAUGCUGGUGUAUUGGAGUUCAUCGCCGAAGAAGGGAAGAUUUAUUUACCUUACUGGUUGAUGCAAACCCUCCUGCUCGAACCCGGUGACCUCGUUCAAAUCAAGUCGACCGAUCUUCCACCCGGCCAAUUCAUCAAGCUGCAGGCUCAGUCCACCUCGUUCCUUGACAUCAGUGAUCCCAAAGCCGUCCUAGAAAAUGCCUUCCGCAAUUUCUCUUGUCUCACCAAGGGCGACGUUUUCACCUUCGCAUACAAUGAUCAGGUGUACGAGAUGGCGGUUCUGGAAACAAAACCUUCGACGAACGCGAAGGCUGUCUCCGUUCUGGAAACAGAUCUGGAAGUCGACUUCGCGCCGCCCGUCGGAUACGAGGAGAUCCAACGUCAGAGCGGCACCAGCACCCCUCGGAGUGGCACUGGGAAGCUGCCGUCGGGCGGAUUACUUCAUCCACAAGGGACAAUGGCACAGGCAAUCAACUAUGCUGCCAUUGCACCUGAAUCGACCGAUGCUGCCACAGGUGCGCGAGCGGUGUCGUCAAAUUUUCUCGUUGGUGGACAUCGUUUGAAUGCCAAGAAGGGCAGCAAAACACCAACCCCCAAGGCUUCGACGCCCACACCGGGGGCCAGUAAUCCGCAACACCCUCCACCAGUCAAAAGGACCAACGGACCCCAGCCCCUACGGCUGCCGCCAAAUCAAUUGUUCUUUGGGUAUGCGAUCAAGCCUGUGAAGAAGCGAGAUGAAAGCGGGGAAGUUGUAGAGGAAGAGAAGCCACGCUUCCAAGGAGCUGGACAGACGCUUCGGGGGAAGAAGAAGGACACGGGGGGUUCGGCAACUCCUACGUAA